AUAAAUAAAAGAUCCUUCAACUUUAUUCAGUUCAAUGAAAUAGUUUCUAUACUUUUUUUUUUCUUUCUUUCUUCAGGUAACAGAGCCCAGAGGGAUGCCAUCUGCUCUUCUGGCGAUGGAUUCUAUCCUCACGAACAAUUCUGCGAUUACUAUUAUGAAUGUGAACAAGGUGUUUCUAGAGUAAGAACUUGCCCAAAUGGAUUAGCAUUCUCUGGAAGAAAUAGAGGAUUGGUUGAUAAUUGCGAUUAUCCUCAUCGAGUUGGAUGUUCCGAAAGAGGAUUACCCUUGGGUCAAGCGCCAAUUAGUACAGAACAUUGUCCGUGGCAGUUUGGACUCUAUCCACACGCGAAAAGCUGUACCAGAUAUUGGCAAUGUUGGAAUGGUACAGCCACAAUCCAUCUAUGUCCUUUAUCGCUUCUCUACAACGAAGCCAUCCAUUCUUGCGACUGGCCCGAUAAUGUUCCCGAUUGCCAAAAACAUCCUAUAUGUAAAGAUACAUCAAAUGGAAGAGUAUCCAUUACAAAAUCUUGCGUCAGAUAUUGGCAAUGUGUUGGUGGCUAUCCACGUUUGCAGAGAUGUGCUGCAGGGUUGGCUUUCAAUUCUAUCAAUUUGGCUUGUGAAUUAGCACAGAUUGUUCCUGGAUGUGAACCUGCUGGAAGUGUUCGUCCUGCUGAAAGCUUCGGACCAGCUGCACCUAAACCAGCUACAGAUUUAGAUAAUAAUUUCGACGACGAAAGCUAGUUUUGUCUACAACAAAAUUUUAAUUUGAUCAAUUUAAAUUUGAUCAUAAUUUUAUAGAAUGUAGCAUUAUUGUAUUUUGACAAUUUUUAUUAAAAAAAAAUUUAAUAUUCCAGGAAUUUU